AUGGCGUACAAGAAGCUUGCUACUAACAAGAAGCUUCCGCCGUUGCCACGGCUCAAGAUCCGGAAACCCACGUUGUCGAAGCUGACGAAUCAGUGUUUUGUAUUGAUGUCGUCACUUCUCAAUUGUUGGGCUGCCAACGGAGAGGGUUCCGCUCAAUGUUCAAGUUUUGAGAAUGACUUGAAGGGGUGUAUGGAGACAUACAAGCCCAAGAAGGAGACAUUGCUGUCGAUCAACUACCACGCGGCGAGAUUAUAUCCGAAGUUACUGGGUAAAGUAAAUGAUUAG